GGCUGCUGAUCUUUUUAGGAGCCCCGUGUUGUCACGUAACAGAGGCCGCGCGCCCGCCGCCACCGCCCAGAGGAGGCGGGGCCGUUUGGCGUCAUUUCCGUCCAGGCCGGAACCCAAGAUGGCUGCGCUGUUGUUGAGACAUGUUGGCCGUCAUUGCCUCCGUGCCCACCUUAGUCCUCAGCUCUGUAUCAGAAAUGCUGUUCCUUUGGGAACCACAGCCAAAGAAGAGAUGGAAAGAUUCUGGAAUAAGAACAUUGGUUCAAACCGUCCUAUGUCUCCCCAUAUCACUAUCUACAGUUAUGAAACUCUAGGUGUACUUGUGGGAAAAAAAGAAACAGCAGGGAACAUGGAGCUGUUUCCAAGUUGGUCUCUUCCUAUGGUGAUGUCCAUUUGCCACCGUGGAACUGGUAUUGCCUUGAGUGCAGGGGUCUCUCUUUUUGGCUUGUCCGCCCUACUGGUCCCUGGGAACUUUGAGUCUCAUUUGGAACUUGUAAAGUCCCUGUGUCUGGGGCCAGCACUGAUCCACACAGCCAAGUUUGCACUUGUCUUCCCUCUCAUGUAUCACACCUGGAAUGGGAUCCGACACUUGAUAUGGGACCUAGGAAAAGGUCUGAAGAUUCCCCAGCUAUACCAGUCUGGAGUGGUUGUCUUGGUUCUUACUGUGUUGUCCUCUGUAGGGCUGGCAGCCAUGUGAAGAGCUAAAGUUUCCAACAUCAUCUUCCUACAAAUGAUUAUAUUGACCUGUCUUCCUGUUUGUCACUCUUAUCUCCAGCCAGGACAAAGUUCUCCUGAUUUGUUUAGUCCCUUUUGUGCUUGCACAUCCCCUUGGAGCUCAGCAAUAGUGUACCAUAUAGAAACAUAGUAGUGGAAAAGGGUCCACUUUUCCCCUUGUUUCUAAAGAUGGAAUGACUGCAAAACUCCCUUUUCCUGUCCCCAGCUGGCAGCCUACUCUGGGCCUAGGACCCUUAUUCUGUCUCCAUAUUGGGCCUUGAUUUGUGCUGAGGGUCAGCUUUUGGCUCCUUCUUCCUGAGACAGUGGAAACAAUGCCAGCUCUGUGGCCUCUGCCAUGGGGACUGGGAGUGGGGCUUCGGGUGCCACUGCCUGUGGGUUGCCGGUUUAAAGGACAGUUCUGUUCAUUGGUCAGAGCCCAGGGUCUUUAGCACCCACGCAGUAUGACUGAAAGAAGAGGGGUGGGGGUGGAGGGGAAUUACCCUGUCCCAGCUAGAGGGAGAUAAAGAGAGUGAGUUGGCUCUUGGAGCAGGUGCUUUGGGGAGAAGAUACAUAGCUUACGAUGCAAGAGGAAGAUCCAGAAAAUUAUCAUUGAACCUAUUAAGGGUUAUUUCUUUUCCUUGCCUUUCUGGAAAAACAAGCCUCUUAUUGUCAUGUUCUCUAAUCCAAAUUCAUGUGACGUCUUUUUCUGAAACUGAAUUAAAAUACUCAUUUUGUCUUUGA